GUGCAGAAUGAGCUCUGCGAGGCUUCCACUGGUGGGGUGAAUGAGGCUCUUCAGCGCUAGUGGCACCACCAACUCUAACCCCGCCAACGCGACCGGUAGCGAGCUCUCUUCGUCUUCUCUACUUUGGACAGCUACACGACAACCUCUCCCGCUAUACAUACUUCGAGAACUUCAAUACCCGCUCGGAUUCAAAGGCACCCUGCGAUAGACCAAUUUUAACCCCUCCCUCCCUCAUACCUCAAUCUCUACGCACGGAACGUAAUCACCCACCACAAUGUCCGACCAACCACCAUCCCUCGCUUCUCGUAUGGGCCCCGUCCCCGGCGACAAGCCUGCUGCCGAAGUGCCCGCUCCCAUUACCUCCUGGGCCGAUGAAGCAUCGGAAGCAGCAGAGCCCACUGCCCCCGCCGCCGCCGCUGCUCCCGCGGCCACCACAACAACAGAGGCUACCGCAGAAGACAAGACCGACCUGUUGGAGAGUCAAUAUGAAGUCGCCGUCAAGCUGGCCGGAAUGCAGGGAGACCCCAACAGCCCUCUAUUCUCGGUCAAGCGAUUCGAGGACCUAGGACUGUCGAAGCAACUGCUGGACGGAAUAUACUUUAUGAACUUCAAGAAGCCGUCGAAGAUCCAAGAGCGCGCGCUGCCGCUCCUACUGAGCGACCCGCCGAUGAACAUGAUCGGCCAGUCCCAGUCCGGCACCGGAAAGACCGCCGCCUUCGUUCUCACGAUGCUCACGCGCGUCGACGCGACCCUGCCCACCGUCCAAGCGCUGUGUCUCGCGCCCUCACGCGAACUCGCCCGCCAGAUUAUGACCGUCGUCGAGACUAUGGGACAGUUCACUGACGUCAAGGCGCAAUUCGCGAUUCCGAACGCGAUCGCCCGCGGCCAGAAGAUCGGCGCGCAUAUCGUUGUUGGAACGCCCGGGACGGUCAACAACAUGAUCCGGCAGAGACAGCUGCCGGUCGAGAACUUGAGGGUGUUCGUCCUCGACGAGGCCGAUAACAUGUUGGAUCAGCAGGGCCUCGGUGAUCAGUGCAUACGUGUCAAGCAGCAAGUUCCCCAAUCCUGCCAGAUCGUGCUCUUCUCUGCGACGUUUCCACAGGAGGUCGUUCAAUACGCCAAUGUGUUCGCGCCCAACGCGAACCAGAUCACGCUCAAGCAGGAGGAGCUCACGGUCGACGGGAUCAAGCAGCUGUACAUGGACUGCGAAAGCGAGGACGACAAGUACCGGAUCCUGGUAGAGCUCUACCACAUCCUGACGGUCGGCUCGUCGGUCGUCUUCGUCAAGCGCCGCGAGGCCGCCGCCGAGAUCCAGCGGCGCAUGGAGGCCGACGGCCACAAAGUUGUCGCGCUCCACGGCAACCUCGACACGGUCGAGCGCGACCGCAUCAUGGACGACUUUGCGAGCGGCCGCGCAAAGGUGUUGAUCACCACCAACGUCCUCGCGAGAGGUAUCGACGUGGCGACCGUCUCCAUGGUCAUCAACUACGAUAUCCCGCUCGAUGGGAAUGGCCGGCCAGACCCCCAGACUUACCUCCACCGCAUUGGCCGCACGGGUAGAUUCGGACGUGUCGGCGUCAGCAUCAGCUUCGUUCACGAUAAGAAGAGCUGGCAGGAGCUCAAUGAGAUACAGAAGCAUUUUGGUGUGCAGAUGACGAGGGUCCCGACCCAUGAUGUUGACGAGGUCGAGAGGAUCAUGAAGGAAGUGCUCAAGUCGAAGACUGCGGGUGUAGCCAAGAAGUAGCUUGCUUGCUUGCUUAUGCAGAGUGCGGGAUGUACUGUUGUGUUGUUUUUCUUUUUCUUUUUCUGCAAUUUAUAAUGGAUGAUUUGGUACGAGUAUGACGAUCUUGGGGCGAUGUCCGAGGCGAUGUUCGAAGCGAUGUUCGAGUUGGCUGGAAAAAUUGGGGAUUUUCUGUGUUGUGUUGUUUCUACAUCAGUGAUCCGGGGGCGG